UAUGAUUUAGUUGAGACCUUAAAUUUCACUAAAAAUAGAUAGAAUAUCUAAAGAUGGUAUAUGCAUAAGAAUAUUUGGAUGGUUUCUCUUUUAUGUCAUUUUGUAAAUAAUGAUGAUAAACUCUAAAGCAAAAUAUUAACAUAAUGAAGUUAAAUUAAAACAAGAAGAUGGUCAAAUGCAAUAACCUAGUUUAAAUGUUGUCAAUGCCACUAGCAUGAAUGUAUUCCUCAUUCAAAAUAUAAUUGAAGUAGAAGUUUAUCUUAAUGUGAUAAUUUAGAAAGUAAUUAAACAUUUUAUUUUUAGAGCGAGUUUUAUGAAUCUGUAAAAUAAGUUAUUGAUGAUCAUAAAAUACUUAAUGAUAUGACUUAUAAUUUAAUUGUCCAUUCAGAGAAUUAAACUCUUGUACUCGAUGAAACUCAUUAAACUUCAUUAAAAUGCAAAAUAAUAAGUGAUUUAAUUAAAUGUAGUGGCUAUCUUGAAUCCAUUACUAAUAAUGGUUAUAAGGAUCUUUAUUUUUAAUUAAUAAUAUCCCAUCCUAAUGCCUCCAUUAUUUAAUCCCAAAGUUUAAAUUUGCUUUAUGAGAAUAAUCAAUAUUACAACAGAAUCUUGUUUUUUUAGGUAAUUCAUAUAUUGUAAUUAUUUAGGUUCUAUUUUUAUUUUUGAUAUUAUAUGGAAUUUAUUACUUUUUUAGUAAUUUAAGUGAUUAUCCUAAAUAAAGUUGGCCAAAAAUGUAUUCUUAUUUUCAUGUAUUAUUAGACAUUAAUGGUUAUCAGUAUUAUUAAUAGAAAUGAUACUUUAUAAUUUCCCAAUCCUCUUAAUUAGAAAUCAAUAUAGCUUAUUUGUUCAUUAUUACUAAAAUUUAGUAGAAUUGUUCAUUUAAUCUGGAUUGUUUUAUUUUUGGUUGUCAAUUUUUGAAUUAGAAUAAACUUAAGCUUCUGACAAUGAUAAAACAAUCACUUUAAAUAAAUUUAGUAUUUGGAAUUUACUUAAAUUGCUUUUAGUUAUUUUAUAUACAGUUCCUUAAGCAAUUAUGGAUACAUUUAUAUUUAUAAUGUAAGAAGAAUUAGUGUAAUAUGACCCUAAAGUUGAAAUUCCUUUUUAUAAUUAAUACCUUAAAUUUAUAAUUUUAAGUUUAACAGGAUAUUCUUUAUGUUUUGUGUUUCUUUUAUACAAAUCAUUUAAUUAAAAAGAUAAAGCUAUUUUAAUAACAGAACCUCCAAUAAUUGAAAAUGAGAUAUAACAUGAUCCAUUUUAUGAAGGUUAAUAAAUAAAAGAACAAGAAGGUUUAGGAGAGAUUAGGAAUUAUCAAUUGCUACAUAUUUUAUCAACAAUUUGUUUUUCUGCUUUAGUUUAUUAUUAAUUAGUAACAAUAUUAGAACCAGGUGAACUUACAAGUUCUAGUACAAUUAAUGAAUGGGCCUUAAUAAAUAUAUAUUUAUGUAUGAUUGUACAAUUGUAUAUGCCUUACAAUCAACCAUAUGAUGAUGAAUAGCAAAAAUAGAUGUAUGGAGAAGUAGAGAUGGAUGAUCUUAAUAUGUAUUAUUGUUUAAUAUUAUUUUUAGUAAAAGUACUAGAGUUAAACAUAAACGAUUGGCAAACAGAAAGUUUUAUACAAAAUAGAAAGAUGAGGAACCGAGUUAAGAAGAUGAUAUUUAAAUAUGAGUAGAU